AUGCUUCGCCCCUCCAUCGUGUCGACUCUCUCCACGAAUGCCGUGCUUUUAGAGUACCGCAAGCAUCACAAGCCACACAGUUCUGGAGGCAACACGUCACGGUCCUCGUCAGUCAUUUCGCAGCGUCCUCCUGACGGCGCAAUUGUUGUAUUGGAAAAUGAGGGAAAUGACUCGGAUGAAUUUUCCGUGCGGGAGGCGAUGUCACCAGCCAUCAUGUCAGCAUCUGAUGAGACUCGCAUUGUGAAUACAAAAAAGAAUGGUGGGCUUGAAAAAAGCAACGCUCAGCAGCGUAUUGCCGUUGAUUGGGAUUGGGUCAACCAUGAGACGGAGCAACAACGGGUAAACAGCAACAUUUCCAGUGUACCUUGUAUUAAUGACCAACAGGAAAACAUAAGUUUCUUGGAUGCUGUACGAUUGCUUAAAAAUGACAGAUAUACCUGGGAGCCCUAUGUUUCGGCACACAGAUUUAGUGAAAACAAAAAGAGCAACUGCCUCAUCUCGCUUAUUGAGCGCCUUAGAGACAUCUUUUGUUGGUGUAGACACUCUUAUUCGAGAGAUGGCAUUGUUAGUUCAGAUCCGGACUCCAUAUUGCACCAUGACACGGAAUUUACUCUGACACUACCCUUUGUGCCAUUUGACCACAGCUACUCCAUUCACCGACGAUUACUAAUCACCAUUUACCACAAUUUGUUUCGCCAGACGAAGAAUGGGUCUAUCAAUGGUGGCACUCGUCCCGGUGCGAUUGACUGGGAAGUGUUAGGGUUUCAAGGCAGUGAUCCAGCAACAGACCUUCGCUUUACAGGUAUUCUUGGUCUACUGCAGCUUGUUUACCUGAUUGAGUAUUAUAGGGAUUUUGCGAUGUUGUUGUGGAAUACCUGCACAAAUGGCGGCAGUGGGUUACUUGUGUACGAGGAGCUUCCGUUUGUGCUUGUGGGGUUUAAUUUUUCAGCCGUGAUUCUUGACAUGCUGAAGGAUAGUGGGUUCUAUACAGAAAUAACACGUCGGGCUCAGGCUCUUUUCUACAAUAAAACAAGGGCAAGUCGUCUUCCCAUUAUAAGCGAUAGUGAGAAGGCAUUAGGGCGUGAAUUCCCACUUCUUUUUAUCUGUUGCGAGUACCAUGUUGGUUGCUUGUUCCUCUUCUGGGAGUGUUGGCAUGACCUGAAGAUGCAGCGCGAUGGAAAGCAGCCAACCAUUGGGGAUUUUGGAGUUGUCAAGGCGAAAUUGUGCACAAAGCUAAAAAAAAAUGGCCCCCAGUAUGCUUUUGAUGCCUGUGCAAAGGCCGGAGAUCCCUUUAAUACGGCUUUCCACGCAGAAAGCGCGGUGAUGCCCGGCGCGAUGCAGCUGUCGAAAGAUGAUGUGGCUAUUGGAACCAACUGGCCCCAACCGCAGGAGGGAAGGGAGGGGGAAGAAUUGUGGCGGUCCGAGGGAAAAUAA